AUGGCAGCAGCAGUCGCCUCCAACACUGUUUCUCAGGGGAAGAUAAACAUACCAACCUAUCACCAGAUCCCGGAAACGAAGCAUGAACUCGACUGGGCAGACCUCAUAACCCUCGACCUCUCGCAAUUCUCCGUCCCCGGCGGAAAACAAAAACUCGCAACACAGCUAUUCGAGGCGAUCCAGAAGAUCGGCUUCUUCUACAUCGUCAACUUCGGGCUGGCGCAGGAGCAAGUGGACCGGCAGUUCGCAAUCGGGAAGGAGGUGUUCCAGCUCCCGACCGAGGAGAAGCUGAAGUACCGGGCCGACCUUGAACAUGGGGGGUAUAAUGGGUACAAGCCGCUUGGGUUACGGGAAGUUCGGCCAGGCGUAUACGACAACACCGAGAUCUACAACAUCCCGAAGUUCAUCCCCGCCUUUGAUCAACCACACCCCGACGUCAUCAACAGCAACCGCACCGAAAUCGAGGCCUUCGCGCGGCACAUCCAUGACGACAUCGUCCACAAGCUGCUGGUGCUGUUCGCGCUCGUGCUCGAGCUGCCGGAGGACUUUUUCCUGCAGCGGCACCGGUACGACGAGAAGAGCGACUGCCACCUGCGGUACAUGAAGUACCACCACCGGACCGCGGAGCAGAACCGCGUGCUGGAGAACGUGUGGGUGAAGGGGCACACGGACUUCGGCAGCCUCACGCUGCUGUUCCGGCAACCGGUGGCCGCGCUUCAGGUCCGGACGCCCGAGGGCCAGUGGAAAUGGAUCAAGCCGUACCCGCAGAGCAUCACGGUGAACCUCGCAGACUCUCUGGAGUUCCUUACCAAUGGGUUUUUGAAAAGUAGCAUUCACCGGGUCGUCGCGCCGCCCCCUGAUCAGGCAGAUAUUGACCGCUUGGGAGUGUUGUAUUUCGUUAGGCCAGAGGAUAGCCUCGAGUUACGGCCAAUAGUGAGUAGUGUGUUGCAGCGCCUGGGAUACGACAAAGUCAAGGAUGACACCACUGUCGGUAUCACCGCGGGCGAGUGGGUGAAGGCUCGUGUCGCAAAGGGAGUUGCUAAAGACAAGCCGAGACAUGAUGUGACCGAGCAAGAGAUAAUCGGCGGUAAGGCGGCCAAGUAUUAUGAUUAGAGAGUGACAGACUCAGCACCAAUAAUUUGCACCCAUGCUAGUUGAGAUGAAGAUGGACAAAUGUUGUCUGAAUGCGGUCCUGUGACCACUGGGUGAUUUAUGCGUCGUCGUUGAUAUACUGAUCGUAGACCUCGGAAUAAAACUUCUUACCAUUCUCACGAUGACUACGUACCUUUGUCCGUAAUUGCGAUUCUCCCCAAGUAUUAUACUUUCCCUUCAAAAAGGCGGAGUCAAUCGCAUGCCCCUCCUCGGAUUCUGUGCUGAUGUUAAGACCGUCGAAAUGGGCUUUCAAGGUCUCAACGGCUUCGGCUUUGGUAAGAUCCCGACGAACGCCUUGGAAGAAUGGUACGCUGUAUCGCUCGUGCGGGCCUGAGAGGACUCGAUGAGUUGUCGCCUUACAUACGCCAUUUGUCACCACCUCAAAAGCUUGGCCUAUAUUAACCACGAAAGUCCCAGGCACUACGGGAACAUUCACCCAAUCCCCAGCUUUGUUGAGAACUUGAAGCCCUUUCACCUCAGGAGGUGAUGCUUGUAGCAAAAAUGUCCACCAGCCGGAGGAAUCUUUGUGUGGGCCAACGCCUUGCUGAGAAACGGUAGAGUCACCAACUGGUGACGCAGGAUAGUGGACUAGCUUUAAGCGAUGCUGAUCUGAUAAAAACGGUUGAAAGGUCCCAACUGAAAGCGAAAGGGCCUCGGCGACCAGAUCCAGGAAUCGCUCACCCAGACUCGUGAGCUCUUUUAUAUAAUCU